AAUUGAUGAUGAUGAUGGAUGCAAAAUACUGCGAUAUAUUGAUAAAUUAUACGUCUUUGGUCCCCAGGGGGAGAAAAAAAAACGUCGCAUUUAGAAUAAAUCUGGAUAUAAAAAGAAUCGAGAUCAAUUGAUUCAUUAAGUAGCGGACGAAAUGAUUUAUUCUUUUCUGAGUUUUAUUUUAAUACCAGGACUAAGUACUCGAUCCCAGAGAAAUGUUUUGUCAAUGACAGACGCUAGCAAAUGUUAGUUAAAGUCAUGGCUUUGGUCAAACAAAGUUAUUUUAUUGCGGGUCGUUUCUCCAGCAACCACCGGUGGUUGAAUCCCAAAUGCAACCAACAUGUGUACGCCGUCAGCGGACUGACCACAGCGGCCAGGUCAUCCCAGACACCGAAGGACCGCAAGAAGGAGCUGUCGGAUGACGGGCCCGACCUCCAGGACUUUAUAUCCGGGGAGCUGUCUGAGAAGAACAACUGGGAGGAGUACAGGGGUAACCUGAAGAGACAGAAGGGAGAGAGGCUGAGACUCCCCCCGUGGCUGAAGACUGAGAUUCCUAUAGGCAAGAACUACAACAAGUUGAAGAACAUCCUGAGAGACCUCAACCUGCACACGGUGUGUGAGGAGGCCAGGUGUCCUAACAUUGGAGAGUGUUGGGGAGGAGGGGAACAUGGUACGGCCACAGCCACCAUCAUGUUAAUGGGGGACACAUGUACCCGUGGCUGUAGGUUCUGUUCUGUGAAGACAGCCCGUCAGCCCUCUCCCCUGGACCCAGAUGAGCCCUAUAACACAGCCAAGGCCAUCGCUGCCUGGGGGCUGGACUAUGUGGUUCUGACCUCUGUGGACAGAGACGGUAGUAACUCAGACAUCUCCUUCUGUUUCUCUCUCCCUUUUUAUAUACAGUGGGGCAAAAAAAAUAUCCAUCCAUCAUUUUGCCAAGAUCGUUUCAACCUGAAGGAGAGGAAGUCCCAGAUCAUGGUGGAAUGUCUGACCCCUGAUUUCAGAGGAGACCUGGCAGCGGUGGAGAAGAUCGUCCAAUCAGGGCUGGACGUUUACGCCCACAAUGUGGAGACCGUCCGCGAGCUGCAGAGACACGUCCGUGAUCCGCGGGCGAACAUCGACCAAUCCCUGAAUGUCCUGCGUCACGCCAAGGGCGUCAAACCAGACAUUCUCACCAAGACCUCCAUCAUGUUGGGUCUCGGAGAGACGGACCGGCAGAUCUAUAACACACUGACCGAGCUGAGAGAGGCAGGAGUGGAUUGUCUAACACUGGGACAGUACAUGCAGCCCACCAAACGCCACCUCAAGGUAGAGGAGUAUGUGACUCCUGAGAGGUUUGUCCACUGGGAGGAGGUGGGGAAGGAGAUGGGAUUCGUCUACACAGCCAGCGGACCCUUAGUGCGCUCCUCAUACAAAGCAGGUGAGUUCUUCCUGAAGAAUCUGUUAGAGAAGAGGAAGGCAGCGGCAGAAUAACCUGAUCACCUGAACUCACCUUUACCUGAAUCCUGACGUCUCCUCCUUUCAGAGGCCUCUCUCCCUCCAUAACGCUACUCUAGUUACACUGUAUUACAAUAUAAUAUACUACAAUAUACUACAAUAUAAAGUUAUCCGAUCCAGAAAA